AGCGCCGCGGUGGCUGAUGGGUACUGCCGCCAUAUUGUGAGGCCAUCGACGUUCCGCUGGCAGACGCGAAUACGGACCGCUAAAAUAUAAAGUGUACAGUGUCAUUUCGAUUACUUUUUGAAGUUAUGGGAAGAACUUGUUGUGUUGUCGGUUGUAAUGUCCGUUCACACGACCGACAGGGUAAGAAAUUAGACAACGCAUUGUCUUUCUUUAGCUUUCCCGUCUGGAGGCAGAAUCAAGGAAGCUAUGUGUCUGAUGUGACGAAGAGACGCCGGCUGUCUUGGAUAUCAGCCGUAAGACGAACAGACAUCAAGUUUUCCAGCAUCCCACGAUCGUUAAAAGUGUGUUCCAGACAUUUUUAUUCAGGUAAACCAGCAUAUGAAAUGGAUGAGUCCAAUCCUGACUGGGCUCCAACACUGCACCUGGGACACUCUGAAGUGCGUGCUACCAAAUCAGACCGGUAUUCUCGCCGAUUACAACGACAACAAAUGACCGUGCCAGUAGCAGUAGACGAAAGCGACUCUCAAAUGCAGGGAGAAACCACUGCAGAAGAUGAAGAAAAAAGAAAACAGGUGGAAGCAGCACAAGAAAAGGAAGGUGAUGACCAGGCAGAGGCAGAAGUGGCAGCAGAUGCGGGAGGUGGUGACCAUGCAGAGGUGGGAGCUGUAGAAGAUGAAUGUGGAGAAUGGGCGGAUGUGGAAGACGCAGAGGAUGAGGAAUGUGAAAACCAGGCAGAAGAUGAAACAACAGUUAAGAGACCAAGAACAGAGUGUCAGUUUUGUGAGCGCAACAGUGCAGAAAUCAACCGUCUGUUGCAGGAGAACAGGGAGCUUAGGAGUGAGCUGAACAAGAGAAAGAUGGAUGAGGAAUUUUUUAAGGGUAACACAAAUAAGGUCAGGUACUACACAGGAAUUCCAUGCUUUGCCAUUUUAUUGUCAGUGUUCACCAAUGUUAAGCCUUUCCUGCCAGUUAACAAAAAGUUGUCAUCCUUUCAAAUGCUUUGGUUGACACUCAUACGUCUGAGGCUUGAUCUUCCUGUACAGCACCUUGCCCAUCUCUUUAAUGUUUCGCGUACAACUCUUUCCACUGCCUUUACUGACACCAUAGAUGUUUUGAAUGCACGGCUUAAUCCAUUGGUGUGCUGGCCAGAGAGGCAUUGCUUACAAGCUACAAUGCCACAUCAAUUUUUGGAAGCUUUUGGGAAACGUGUUGCUAUUAUAGUCGACUGCUUUGAAAUACGCACAGAAAGGCCAUCAAAUCUAAAGGCACGUGCACAGGCCUUUUCUCAUUACUAGGGUACACACACCAUA